GCCACCAUAACAACUCCUUGCUCCCCACAUGUACGCAUCUCUUAGUAUGCCAUCUAUUUGUUGGUGCCCGGCCAACCUUUGGCUUCUUGCCAUACCUCUGCUGAUCAAUGCUCAGCCUCUUGUCGAUUUGGCACGCAAUUUGGAAACCUCAUUGCUUAAUACGCGCCUGCCAGAUACGCAAACAUUCGCGGAGGCAUAUGAUUUCAUAAUUAUCGGUGCCGGUUCAGGUGGCUGUGUUGUGGCGAAUCGGCUCAGUGAGAUUAGCAAUGCGACGGUGCUGCUCUUGGAAGCGGGCGAUCAAGAGACGUUCUUGAGUGACGUUCCCCUCACAGCUGCACUCACGCAGAUGACACGCUACAACUGGGGUUAUAAAUCCGAACCGACCCCCAAUGCCUGCCAGGGCCUUAAAGGCGGCGUUUGUAAUUGGCCUAAAGGCCGCGGCGUCGGUGGUACGAGUCUCAUUAAUUUCAUGCUGUACACGCGUGGACACCGCAAAGAUUACGAUCAUUGGGCGGCACUCGGCAAUAAGGGUUGGAGUUAUGACGAAGUGUUGCCGUAUUUCAAAAAAUCCGAAAACAUACAUAUCAAAGAAUUGCGCAAGUCACCCUACCAUGGACGUGAUGGGCCACUUGAUGUCAGCUAUACAGACUUUAAGUCGAAAGUCUUACAAGCUUUUCUAAAAUCAAGCCACGAAAUGGGCUACGAAAUAACCGACACGAAUGGCGAGCAUUUAAUGGGUUUCGCGCGUGCGCAAGCAAAUCUACGUAACGGUCGACGUUGUAGUACGAGCAAGGCUUUCAUAAGACCAAUAGCGGGAAGACCAAAUUUACAAAUCUCAAUGAAAUCUUGGGUGACGCGUAUUUUGGUGGAUCCAGUGACUAGAGUGGCAAAUGGCGUUGAGUUUAUGAAGCACCAUCAACGGUAUGUGGUGAGAGCGAAGAGGGAAAUUAUACUCUCGGCGGGAGCGAUUGCAUCGCCGCAGUUGUUAAUGUUGUCGGGCAUAGGACCGCGAAAGCACUUGGCAGAGCUGGGUAUACCGGUGAUGCGUGAUCUGCAGGUGGGCUACAAUAUGCAAGAUCAUGUGACGCUGAAUGGACUGGUAUUUUUAGUGAAUGAUACGAUGACUUUAAAUGAUCGACGCCUAAUAAAUCCAGCAGAUAUUCUGCAUUAUAUACUGCAAGGGAGAGGACCUUAUACGAUACCUGGUGGCGCUGAGGGAUUUGCUUUUGUGCGCACGCCAAAUGCGACAGUUGAUAAGGACUAUGCUGAUAUGGAGAUCGUGCUGGGCGCGGGUUCCUUAAGCGGCGAUCACAUGGGCUCUCUGCGUGAUCUGCUCGGCAUGCCAGAUGAUUUCUAUUACAAAGUCUACGAAGGUCUACACGAAAAGGAAACUUUUGGACUCGUGCCAGUACUCUUGCGUCCUAAAAGUCGCGGUCGCAUCUCACUGCGUAGCACAAACCCUUUCCAUUGGCCACGUAUGGAGCCCAACUACAUGCAAGAUCCAGAUGAUGUACGCGCCAUGUUAGAGGGUGUGCAGUUGAUCUUUCAAAUAACACAAACGAAGUCUAUGCGUCGCAUAGGCACCGAAUUCAAUGCGAAACCCUUCUUGGGUUGCGAACAUUUGACUUUUCACAGCAAAGCGUAUUGGCAGUGUUGUCUGCGUCGUUAUGGCUCCAGUUUGCAACAUCAAGUGGGCACUUGUAAGAUGGGCCCGGCCACGGACUCGGCGGCUGUGGUGGAUCCACAAUUACGUGUUCAUGGCAUUAAGCAUCUGCGUGUGGUGGAUGCUUCGAUUAUGCCAACUAUACCCGCUGGUCACACUAACGCCAUUGUAAUAAUGAUUGCCGAAAAGGCGGCCGAUCUGAUAAAGAAUUCGUGGCGUAUGAGAAGUUAG